UCCCACCCGUUCCUUGAGCUCUGCCGGCGAACACUAAUUAGGUCGUCCGCUGCCCCUCUGGGAUUCCAGGGCGAAGAGAUAAGCGGUGGGCGGGCGAGGGUGGAGAGAGAGCGAGAGAGAGGAAAGGCUGGGGGCGGCGCGCUCGCGCUCUGCCCGCCCGCCUUCCCCACCCCCCCUUCUUCCCACACACUGGCUCUCUCUAGCGGGCAAGGCUGCUUGGCUAGCCUGCGCGCCCGCCUCUCCCGAGCAGCCAUGAACCGAGUGGGCAAGAAGGAUGAGACCCUCAUCGAGAUGGGUCUGGCCAAUGACGGAGAAGAAAGCAAUGGACCUUUAUUUGAAAAUUUAUCAAACACAGAUUCAGAACUGCCUUGCAACUCUGAGGGCCUAAGUACCACUGAGACUACAUUACUCAUCUCUGAUCUUCAAGGGAAGGCUGGAAGGAGAUACAAUCUGUUCCUGAAGCAACGUCUCAGGAUUGAUAAACGACAUCAAAGCAAGGACUCUGUUUUCUUCAGGGACGGUGUCCGGCGAAUAGACUUCGUACUUGCAUAUGUAGAUGAUCCAAAAAUAGAAGGAGAAAAAAAAGUGGAAAGGAGACGAGAAUUUGAGAACAAUCUAGAGAAGGCUGGCCUGGAACUAGAAACUGAAGACAAGAAGGAAUCUGACAAUGGCAAAACUUACUUUGUGAAGAUUCAUGCGCCAUGGGAGGUUCUGAUCACAUAUGCUGAAGUGCUGAGCAUAAAAAUGCCCAUCAAAGAAAAUGAUAUCCCUUGUACUGCGGAAAACCCUUUGGAUUGGAUAUCUUGGCCAUUUAGACUGCCUGAAAUUGUGAUGCACCCAGAACCAGACUACUUCACAGCCCCAUUCAGCAAAGAAAGGCAAGAACUCUACCUCAUUGAAGAUGAGAAUACAUUUUUCUCCCCGUCUGUCCGGAACAGAAUUGUUUUCUAUAUUUUAACAAGGUGUCCAUAUGGAACAGAAGAAGGGAAAAAGAAGUUUGGAAUCAAACGGCUCUUGAAUAAUGGCACCUACACCGCUGCUUAUCCUCUUCAUGAUUGCCAGUACUGGAAGAGGGCGAACGACCCGAAGUGUGAAAAUGAAAGGUACACCCUCUACAGAGAAUGGGCAAGGUUUCCUCGUUUUUUCAAAGAACAGCCCUUGGACCUUAUCAGGAAGUAUUAUGGGGAGAGGAUUGGAAUCUACUUUGCCUGGCUGGGGUUCUACACUGAGAUGCUGUUCUUUGCCGCUAUCGUUGGAUUAAUCUGUUUCCUGUAUGGUGCAUUUACAAUGAAUGAAAAUAUGAGUAGCCAAGAAAUAUGUGACUCCGAAAUUGGGGGAAAGAUUAUCAUGUGCCCACUAUGUGAUCAAAAAUGUGAUUACUGGAGAUUGAACUCCACGUGUGAGUCUUCAGAGUACUCCCAUUUGUUUGAUAAUGUGGCGACCCUCUUUUUUGCAAUCUUUAUGGGGAUCUGGGUCACACUUUUCUUGGAGUUCUGGAAGCGUCGGCAAGCUCGACUUGAGUAUGAAUGGGAUCUAGUUGAUUUUGAGGAGGAACAGCAACAACUCCAACUGAGGCCAGAGUAUGAAGCAAAAUGUACUCAAAAAAGGAAGAAUCCAGUAACGCAGGAAUUAGAAUUGGUUAAGAGGAAGAGCAUACAUGACUAUGGGAAACUGAGCUUGUUGUACUUUGGAAUUUUGUUUUGGAUCUUUUUGAUCAUAGCUAGUAUGAUAGCUGUGAUAGUUUACCGCCUUGCCGUCUAUGCUGCUUUUGCCAGCAUCAUGGAGAAUGCACAAACCUUGCAGCCUAUUCAAGGUAUCCUGACACCACAACUGGCAACAUCGGUCACUGCUUCAUGCCUGAAUUUUGUCAUCAUUAUGAUACUGAAUUUCUUGUAUGAGAGGAUAGCCAUCUGGAUCACAGAUAUGGAGAUCCCAAGAACUCACCUUGAAUAUGAGAACAGACUCACCAUGAAGAUGUUCCUGUUUCAGUUUGUCAACUAUUAUUCUUCAUGUUUCUACGUGGCUUUCUUCAAAGGGAAAUUUGUGGGGUACCCGGGUCACUACACAUACAUGUUUGAUCGCUGGAGAAAUGAAGAGUGUGAUCCUGCAGGAUGCCUGAUAGAGCUGACAACACAGCUUACCAUUAUCAUGGCUGGCAAACAGAUAUGGGGCAACAUCCAAGAGGCUAUUGUACCCUGGAUCCGGAAUUGGUGGGGCCGUCGGAAAGCCAGUAGCAGUCCUGAGAAUUUAUACAGUCGAUGGGAGCAGGACCAUGAUCUGCAGAACUUUGGAGCCUUGGGCCUAUUCUAUGAGUACUUGGAAAUGGUUAUCCAGUUUGGAUUUAUCACCUUAUUUGUGGCCUCUUUUCCUUUGGCUCCACUACUUGCUCUGAUGAACAAUAUCCUGGAAAUUCGAGUUGAUUCUUGGAAGCUUACAACGCAGUUUAGAAGGCCGGUGGCAGCCAAAGCCCAUAGCAUAGGAGUCUGGCAAGAAAUUCUGAAUGGGAUGGCUAUCUUGUCUGUUGUCACAAAUGCAUUUAUUGUUGCCUUCACAUCUGAUAUGAUCCCUCGAUUGGUAUAUUAUUAUGCCUACUCUAUGGAUCCUUCUUCACCCAUGUCUGGAUACAUUAAUGACAGCCUCUCCAUAUUUCAAACCUCAGAUUUUCCUGAUAAAAACAGGCCUGACAUAAACCCAGAAAACUUUUCCACUUGCAGGUACAGGGACUAUCGAUAUCCACCAGACCAUGAGAGGAAAUAUGCACACACAAUGCAGUUCUGGCACAUCCUGGCUGCCAAGAUGGCUUUUAUCAUUAUUAUGGAGCAUGUUGUUUUCAUUGUCAAAUUCUUUGUGGCUUGGAUGAUUCCUGAUGUCCCGGCUGAAGUGAAAGCCAAAAUAAAGCGUGAGAAGUACUUAACUCAGAAAAUCUUGCAUGAGUAUGAACUCAAUAAACUCAAGCAGAAGCUGUGUGAAAACAGGACCACUGCCAGCAUGGAAAAGGAAGUCAUUGCCACCGAAGGGAGAGUGGAGUUAUCAGAAGUCAUGUAACCUGAGGAACAGCUGACUGUGAAAUUCCAGCCUGUGAAAAUUGGUUGUCCAAUCUGAGAUGAGCAGUUCAAUAUGCGUGAAAGCUUCUCUUUUGGUUCUAACAAUUUUACUGAAGCAAGUGGAGAGAAUCAACAUGGAUUUCCUGUUGGCCAAUCAACAAGCUACAUACCUUUGCUGCUGUGGAACCUUGAAAAAUGAAUCUGCUCAUGACACUGCUGAAAUGCCUUGCCUUUCUAAGACUGUAUGUUUCUCAUUACUAGAAUUGUCUUAAGUGUGUUAUAGCGAAAAGUUCAUAAUGUUCCACAUUUGCAGUCACAGUUCUUGGUAAGUGUGGCAAUGGCGUCCUGAAUGAAGCUCAGGAAGUUCCUCCCUCACCCAGCCUAUAUUUAAUUAGUAUCAUUAUUAGUUGAUAAGGCCAAGAGUUUGGUGUGUUGUCCUUUAGUUGUUGCACUGUCAACUGAUGAUGCUAGAGCCUAAACGGAAUUCUGUAUCUUUUCAUCAUGCUCUUCAGGUGAUAUUAAAGCACUCCACAGACUCCGGUGGGGAUGCUGUGGCUGUGGAUUUCAUGCAUCAUCUUGGUAGGACUAACCAAGCUUCAAGGCCCCUUCCAACCUAUGGCUCUAUAGUUCAAUCCUAUUUUUGUUUGCCUGUUCUCAGAGUUGGGGAAACUGGGAUCUGAACUGCCAAUAUGCUAGUCAUAGUUAACCUUGUUAAGGCAGAAGGGGCUUAGUGCAGCAAGUACACAAAUGUUUGGGGAGCCUUUACUGUAAGAUGCUAACAUCAGACAAACAAAAAACUAAAUUGGAUGCCUUACUUAGAGAAGUACUAAUCUGUAUUUGUCUGAUAGGUAGCACUGGCUAUUCAAAAGCAUGUACUUUUCACACAUUGGCCUUGAUCAUGCAUUACUUUGGAACAUUACUUGGAAAAUCUUUCACAUAUCACGUGUGCAUUUCUGCCGCACAAACCUGUACCUUUCAGUACCUUUUGAGGUGGGUUGUUUUGUAGGUUAUUUUUAAGGCACGGAUAACAUAUUUGUAGAUUUAACAGUUCAGUAACUAUAGUGACCUAACAAAAAUUAAAACCCACAGUUACUUUUUCAUAAGUAAUUUCUAUGCUUAAUAAUUUUCAUCAGCCAUAUUUUCUCCAAAAUAGUAAGGGAAGUUUAAGGAAUUAUACCUCAGAGUUCCUAAAAUAAAAUAAAAUAAUUUUCUAUUCUUACAUGAUUAGUGAGAGUUAGAAAGAUGACCAGAUUCUUCCUAAAAUUAGUAAGAUAUUGAAUUGGAAAUAUACUUUAUCAAGACCAGAUCCACUGAGGUAAUCUGGAGUUUUACCUGUGAUUGUAGUAGUAUUAUUUGGGAUAUGAAGUCAUUAUUUCUGAAAUUUUUAAAAAUGAUUUCAUAUUUUUCAAAACCCCUGAGUAAAUUAUCUACAGGGAUAAAUUGUAAACAAAGCCAUUUGUUGUGAAUAUGCCUUAAUACUAGAUCUCUGUGUUUGUACAGAAUAUCUAUUCAUAAUAUUUAAUGAAUGAAAGGUUAUGUACAUUAAUGUAGCCAAAUCUGCAAUGCUUAGAAAUAAUGGUUUUUUUAAAUGUUAAGAAGAGAAACAGUUCCCUUUUUUUUUGUCUUGAGACAAUUUUGCAAAUUUAUAAAGUUUAUUUAGUGUAAACUGUGCAUGUAGACUUAGCUAGAAGGUGUUACAGGCAGUGUUUUGUUAUAUAAUUUUAAGUUCCUACAAGUAUUUUUGAAGUUUUGCUACAUUUUUAUACCCGAGUUUGCCCCACACUGCAUAGUGCCUUAUUUACAUGCACUUGUGAAGGAAAAAAAGAUGUGAAAAUGCUAGUAGUGUAAGUUAUGUAGCAUAAUGUAUCUUAUCAGUGAAUUCACAGGUAUUAUGAAAGUAUCAGCUUUCAAACUCAGUCUUGUGCAUUAGUAGCUGGUCAGGAGCAAGUUUUGCAAACUUCCAAGGUGUUUUGCUCAAUGCAAUACGAACCUUGAGAAACAAACACUUGCUGAAUUCUGAAUUCACUAAACAUGAAGCAUGUUGGACAUAAAGUACUUGCACUUUGAAGCUUAUUCUUGACUGUUAAGUAUUGGAACAAAUAUCCCAGGCUGUGUCUAGCAUGUGAGCUAAAGAUUAUGCUGUUUUAUACAUU